CUUUGCGUGUCUACCUAACACGGCGACGUACGGGAGCAGCAGAACUGACGUACAGUAUCGGUGAGGCAUUUGUGUGUUGGUGUAUGCCUCCGGUUUAGAUAUUUAGAUUUUGGUUGGUAAAGUAAUUAAGGACCGAAGGAAGUUCGAGCGCUGGCUGUGUUGGAUUUAAGCAUUCGUCUGGGAAGCUCUGUGUGAGCGUCCUGAGGGACAGAACAUGGCGGCGGCUGCUCUAUGCCGUGGGCCGGGGAUCCUCCUCCUGGUGCUGGCGGCGGCGGCGGCGGCCCAAGAUCCCUCUUGCCCGUCUCCUUGUGUGUGCGAGGGGCGGCUUUUGGAUUGUAGCCGGAGAAGGCUGGCUCGACUUCCAGCAGCACCACUGCCAGAGGGUAUCACCAGCCUGGAGAUCAGCUACAAUUGGCUGACUGUUUCCAACAGUAGCCUGGUGCCAGAAUUGUAUUCACUUCAAGAAGUGAAAAUGAAUUUCAAUGAAUUAACUGCAAUACCACAUCUGGGAGAGCCAACUGCUAAUAUAACUUUGCUUUCUCUCGUACAUAAUAAAAUUGGAGAACUCAAUGGUGAUCUGCUUCAACAAUACCUUUCACUUGAAACUCUUGAUUUAAGCUCCAACCUUCUUACAGAAAUCAAAAGUUUUUACUUUCCACGGAUGCCACUGAAGUACCUAAACCUAAGCAAUAACAGGAUUGCUACCUUGGAAGCAGGAUGUUUUGACAAUUUAUCAAGCUCGCUACUAGUAUUGAAACUGAACAGAAACCGGAUUAAUGUGAUUCAACCCAAAAGUUUUAAGCUACCUCAUUUGCAGUAUUUGGAACUGAGACGGAAUCGGAUUAAAAUUGUGGAAAGUUUAACAUUCCAAGGACUAGACUCAUUAAAAUCUUUGAAACUGCAACGAAAUGGAAUUGUCAAACUGAUGGAUGGAGCAUUUUUUGGACUGGACAAUAUGGAGCAACUGGAAUUAGAAUAUAACAAUGUCACUGACAUAAACAAAGGUUGGCUGUAUGGUUUGCGAUCUCUACAGCAACUUUAUAUCAGCCAGAAUGCAGUGCACAGGAUCAGCCCAGAUGCCUGGGAGUUUUGCCAGAAGCUCUUGGAUCUAGACUUGUCAUACAACCAGCUGAACCGUUUGGAUGAUUUUGCAUUUGUUGGGCUGAGCUCAUUGGAGAAAAUAAACUUGGGUGAUAACAGAAUAAAUCAUAUUGCUGAAGGUGUCUUUAAAGGGCUUGCAAACCUUUUAGUAUUGGAUUUAAGAAACAAUGAGAUUUCAUGGGCUAUCGAAGAUUCAAAUGAAGUGUUUGCUGGAUUGUCCAGACUCCAUACACUAAUAUUGCAAGGAAAUAAAAUUAAAUCCAUCACAAUGAAAGCGUUUACUGGCCUAGAUUCACUUCAGCAUCUAGACUUGAGCAAUAAUGCUAUAUUAUCUGUGCAAGAAAAUGGCUUUUCUUUCAUGAAACUUCAAGAGUUAAUUCUAAACACAAGCAAUUUGCUCUGCGACUGCCAGUUAAAAUGGUUCCCACACUGGUUAAAUGACAAUGGAUUUCAUCAGUUUGUUAAUGUGAGCUGUGCACAUCCUAAUUGGCUGGCUGGACGUUCACCUCUUAGUGUGGAUGCUGAAGAUUUUAUCUGUGAUAAUUUUCCCAAACCACAAAUAAAACUACAGCCUGAAACCACAGUUGCACUGAAAGGAAUGAAUGUGUCUCUGACCUGUGCUGCUGCAAGCAGCAGUGAUACACCAAUGUCUACAGCAUGGAGGAAGGAUGGUGAAGUGCUGUAUGAUGCAGAGGUGGAAAACUUUGCUCGAUAUCAUAAACAUGGGAUCGAACUCAUUGAGUACAUUACAGUCCUGCAUCUUUUUAAUGUCAAUUUUACAGAUGAGGGGAAAUAUCAGUGUGUUAUAACCAAUCACUUUGGCUCAAAUUACUCUAGCAAAGCUAAACUCACUGUGAAUGAAAUGCCUUCAUUUCUGAAAACCCCUAUGGACCUUACUAUUCGUACUGGUGCCAUGGCACGUUUAGAAUGUGCAGCAGAAGGUCAUCCACCUCCACAAAUUGCAUGGCAGAAAGAUGGUGGGACAGAUUUUCCUGCAGCCCGAGAGCGAAGAAUGCAUGUUAUGCCAGAAGAUGAGGUUCUUUUUAUUGUCAAUGUAAAAAUUGAAGAUAUGGGUCUUUAUAGCUGCACAGCACAGAAUGCUGCUGGUAGUAUAUCUGCCAAUGUUACUCUCACUGUUUUAGAAACGCCAUCUUUUGUAAGACCUUUGGAAGACAGGACAGUGGCUAGGGGAGAGACAGCUGUUUUGCACUGUAUAGCAGGAGGAAGUCCAGCUCCCCGCCUUAAUUGGACAAAAGAUGAUGGACCACUUCAGGUUACUGAGCGUCACUUCUUUGCUGCAGCCAACCAGCUGCUGAUCAUUGUUGAUGCAGGCCCAGAGGAUGCAGGAAAAUAUACCUGCAGCAUGUCUAAUACACUUGGCACAGAAAGAGGUCACAUUAACCUUCAUGUCCUCUCCUCACCAAAUUGUGAUUCUUCACAAAAUAUUGGUUACGAAGAAGAUGGGUGGACUACUGUUGGCAUUGUGAUAAUAGUGGUAGUCUGUUGUGUGGUUGGAACUUCAUUGGUCUGGGUUAUUGUAAUAUACCACAUGAGAAGGAAAAGUGAAGAUUACAGCAUAACCAACACAGAGGACAUGAAUCUACCAGCAGAUAUUCCCAGCUACCUGUCUUCACAGGGAACACUUUCAGAGCCACCAGAAGGGUAUAGUAACUCUGAGGCAGGCAGCCACCAGCAACUUAUGCCUCCUGCGAAUAACUGUGUACACAAAGGAACAGAUGGGUUAUACGUUGACACUGGCAGUGAAGCUGAUAUGGAUAUCCUAAACACACCUUUCUCUCACAACAUGCAAGGCAAAAUGCCACACCUGUACAGUGGCCAUGGAACCAUACUACCGACUGAUACCCGGGAAGGCCUUCCAAUUCCAGCUGCAGCCCCACUUAUGAUUUGCUCAGAUUGUUAUGACAACGCCAACAUAUACUCAAGAACCAGAGAGUUCUACCCAUACACGUACAUAACAGAGGAGGAUCAAAUAUUGCCCAGCCUUAUUGCACAAAUUCCAAAAGAAACCUUAUACCAACAUGAGGUUCUGUCUGAACGGGAUAUGCGUGCUUCACUUACAAGCCAUGACAGGCUAGAUAGCACUAAUCCUAGCUGUGAUACCUUUCAGCGUCCAUUGUGUGGUUUUAAAAAAGAGCCUGGCCUAACUGCAGCACCUCAUCCUCACUUCUGCCACUUGUCUGUACCAAUUCCCGGGAAACCACUUCUUAGAAAUGAGGGCUGUAUCAAGACAGAGGAAGUUGGCCUACCCAGACCCUCCCCAAGGUCAUGUGAUCAGGACAAUGAUUUAAACAGGACUCCAAAUAUUGGUGGUUAUAAAGAAGCCACCUAAAAACCCAUAUAUCUACAUAUAUUCGGGUUUCCUGUCUUUGUAUUGACUACCUCAGAUUUUUUCCAGUGGCCAAAAAUCGCUCCAAUAUGUUUGUUUACAAACGUGGGUUGCGUGGACCAAUGCAAAUAUGCAAUCAAAGCUGAAGAGUCAGAUCGGUUAGUUGAUCACAUUUUAAGCACCUCCUGCUUACUCCUUCUCUUGCAUAUGGAAAAUACAAAAACAGAUGGUGAAUCAAAUCAUGUGACUAUGGCUAAAAUGAAUAUUUGCUUACAAAGGACUGAUUGUAGAUGUGACUUCAAACAAACUCAAGCCUGCAGGCCUAUACACUCCAUAAUAUGCUUGUACAGGUCACCAUAUUUUUUUUUUCUUGCUAAAAUUGGUGAGCAAUGAAGCCUAUAGCUGCUUAAUGUGCUCAAGCAAUUAAUGCAGUAAAAGCCAAAGGUGUACAAUGGAUUUGUAGUUUCGAUGUGAUUGCUUCAUGAGCUGAACUAAUUAGCUUAUACCUAUUUGCAUAAGUAAACUGAAGCCAACCAGUAGUAUGUUCUCUAGGCCACCUCACCAUUUUUCUGUAUCACAAGGAAGAUACAUGUGGUGUGCUUGUACACUAAUUUUGUACACUUAUGUUUUCAGCUUCUACAGCCAAAGUGUUUUGGUAUACACUGCAUAUCGACAGUGUAAUUCCAUUAAUUUUCCAAAGGAGCACUUUUUAUAGCUUUGUUAUGUCUAAAUGUAGUUUGGUGUGUUCGCAUAGAUUACUUAUUCUUUUAUACACAGUACUGUCAGCAGUAUGAUACAUAAUAAUAGAUGCGUCCGUUUCAUGGUACGACAGAAUGCAUUUUCACACUCUGGCUUGUCUGCUUUGAUAGCAACAUACCACGCUGUUCCCAAUUUUUUUUGUUCCAGAGUUGGUAUGAGUGUAGUCCACUAACUGUUUUUUUUUGUUUUUUGUUUUUUUUUUGUAUUUUACAAAUUCUGCACUGCACCAUGUUACUCCUUUUAGUCAGUAGGUUUUGUGUUUAUCUUGUUUGAGUCAGAUAUACGUGGCAUUACAAGCAUUCAUGGCAUGAUGCUGUUGGCUGUCCUAAAUAAUAGAAUUUUGGACAACUAAAUUAAACAUUGCGGCAUGUUUCACUCCAAGGGCAAGCUAUGGUGCUUCAUAUUUGUACUACAGAAAUAUAAGCUUAUUCUACAAAGACAGCAGAGUUUAAAAUGGAAAUUUACUUCUUGUCUUGCUUUUUAGAUUUUACAGUUUUCAGUCUAUAUAUGUCUUCAUGUUUUUUGUUUCUUCAGAACUUGUUUUGAACCCUGUGUAUCUGUUGGCCUUGUUUAUUUAAACCCAUAUAUGACAUUACUGUUUUUGCACAAAAAUUUUAAUUGUUGAUCCUUUUGAUCAAGAUGUAAAUAUAAUUUGCCCUCCAUUUUUAAGCACACUUCUGUCCAGAACACCAUUUUGUUAGGCUGCAAACCUUAAAAUACCACUGAUUUCGCUUUUGUCUCUAGUGUACUGUUGACCAAGUUAAAACUCAUUGAAGGAACAUUAACACUAGCAACUGAAAGUGUUUUAAAGUAAUUAAAAUAUAAUGUACUAUAGCCCUGCUCUGGUAAAACUAGCAUAUUUGUUUCAAAAACACAACUAUAGUUUAUAUAAAGAAGCUGCUGUGUAGGCAUGGGGCAGCCAUUCAAGCUGGAGAAAAGGCGCAGGUUACAAAGCAGGUAACUGCUCUGUAAAAUAUAAUGGUGUUAUCCACUAUUCAACCUUUUAGCCCUAUUUCAAUUGCCUCCAUUGCUGAAAAGCAGCUGGUUUAUAUACAUUAUAGUAGUGUAGAACUGAGGCAAACAGAUCAGUUUUAGCAGUACAGGACCAUAGUACAUUAUAAUUUGAUUAUUUUAAAACACUUUAAUUUUUGCUUUUACCAUUCCUUGAAAGUAAGUUUGUAUGUGUGUGAGAAUUGCCUUACAAAAAAUAUUCAGCUAUUCUUAAUCAGACUAGUAUUUUGUUGGCAUUACUUGCUUCUGUUUCACAACCUCCCUGCAUCAUCACACUACUAAAUAUAUUUGGAACCUCUGCUCUGUAAUAGUUUCACUUUUCUGGUACUAGACAGAAGAUCCAUCUGCCAUGUCAGAUCUAGAGGUAGGUCUAUGAAGAUCUUAGAUUGUGCAUCGAUUAUAGGUUUUCCGGAACCAGCUUGAUGGUGGGGCUAGUAAAUGAGGUUGAGGUUCUCCAACAAAAUGUGCACUUGUACUUGGUUUGCCAACUUCAGCUUGUAUUGUAACAAUACUAGUAGUGACUCAGCUAAAUAUUUAGGCUGCAAUGUGCUAGAGAGACUUGAAUACUCACUGGCACCUGAUGAGUGGGUUUUACCGGUGUAGUGUAAAAUAUGUAAAUAUUACCAGGUAUAGAAUAUUUUUGUAUACAUUGCACAUACCUGUGUGUGUUUGUAAAUGUUUUUGUCAGUUUUUUUUGUUUUGUUUUGUUUUUUAAACCAAAAUAUUACACUAUUUAGUAGUCUAUUAUUAAAAAUGUCAAAUAUAAUUUGUGAAAAGUAUCUUAUGUACAUCAUGGCAUUGUCGGCUGCAUUCCAUUUGAUAGAACUGCAUCAUUAUCGCUUUAACACUACGUUUUAUAAACUCUUCCGUGGUUAUUCUUUCAUGAGGUCAAAAAAGUUUCCAUACUGGAAAGGACAAAACAGUUUUGUUUAUGGCCUCAGUAGCUUCUCAAUAAGGUGAUAAUUCAUUUUUUAUUAAUUAUCAGUUUUAUUUCUACCAUAAUUAUUACUUUUGUUCAGAUGGGACCUUUCAGUUAGUAGACACAAGUGACUUACCAAGGCAAUAGAUCAGUUUUAUAAACGCUUUAGUAGUGUUCUGCAAUGUAACGUUUAUUAGGUAUACAUGACACAAAUAAAGAUGGCAUAUUGUGAAGUGUG